GGCAAACUAGAAUGGGAUACAGUCUGUUCAUGAACACUCACCCAUUACCCAUCCCUCUCUCUCUCUCUCGCAUCAGAUUCCCUCCUCCUCUCUAUAUAAACCCCUUCAAUCUCUCCACCUCCACUCCGUCUCCCACCACCCAACCCGCAUUCUCUCUCUCUCUCUCUCCCUCCUUAUUUCUUCCUCAUUGCGAUGGCUGGCCCACCCGCACUACUAGUACUGCUACUAGUAGUAGCAGCAGCCGCGGAAUCCGGGCGUACCACCGCCACCCCAGACGGUUGCGCCGCCCCGGCGGACAGCGGCUCCACCCUCCGUGUCCUCCACGCCUUCGGCCCUUGCUCCCCCUUCCACUCCCCCUCCGCCUCCUGGGAGGACACCAUCCUCGACCUCCUCUCCCGCGAUGACUCUCGCUUCCUCUACCUGGCCUCCCUCGCCACCGCCCGCCGCUCCUUCGUCCCCAUCGCCUCCGGCCGUCAGCUCCUCCAGACCCCCACCUACAUCGUCCGCGCCCGUCUCGGCUCCCCUCCCCAGUCCCUCCUCCUUGCCGUCGACACCAGCAGCGACGUUGCUUGGCUCCCCUGCUCCGGUUGCGCCGGCUGCUCCCCCUCCUCCGAUGCCCCUCCCUUUGACACCUCUCGCUCCACCACCUACCGCCCCGUCCCCUGCGGCUCUCAGCCGUGCUCGCAGGUCCCCAACCCCACCUGCCCCGCCGGCGCCAAAGCCUGCGGUUUCAACCUCACCUACGGCUCCUCCUCCCUCCUCGCCGUACUAUCCCAGGACUCCCUCUCCCUCGCCACCGACGUCGUCCCCGGCUACACCUUCGGCUGCCUCCAGAAGGCCGCCGGCCCCGCCGUGCCCCCGCACGGCCUCCUCGGCCUCGGCCGCGGCCCGCUCUCCUUCAUCUCCCAAACCAAGAACCUCUAUGCCUCCACCUUCUCCUACUGCCUCCCCAGCUUCAAGUCCCUCAACUUCUCCGGCACGCUCCGCCUCGGCCCCGCCGGCCAGCCCAAGUCGAUCAAAACCACUCCACUCCGCUCCAGCCCCCGCCGCUCUUCUCUCUACUUCGUCGACCUGGUCGGAAUCCGCGUCGGCCGCAAGGUGGUCGACAUCCCGCCGGCGGCGAUCGCCUUCGACGCUUCCACCGGCGCGGGGACCAUCUUCGAUUCGGGCACCAUGUUCACCCGCCUGGUGGCGCCCGCGUACGCGGCGGUGCGGGACGAGUUCCGGCGCCGGGUGCGAGGCGCCGGCGACGUGACGUCCCUCGGCGGCUUCGACACGUGCUACGCCGGGCCCAUCAACCCGCCGGCGAUAACGUUUCUGUUCGCCGGGAUGAACGUGACGCUGCCGGCGGACAAUUACUUGAUUCACAGCACGGCGGGGUCGCUAACGUGCUUGGCGAUGGCAGCGGCGCCGGACAACGUGAACUCGGUGCUCAACGUGAUCGCCAGCAUGCAGCAGAUGAACCACCGGGUGUACUUCGACGUGGCCAACGGCAGGCUGGGCGUGGCCCGUGAGCUCUGUACCGUUUAAAAAAAAGAUGGAUUCCUUCUGAGAACGUGAUAGGUCUUAUCGUAGCCGUUUUCUUUUUAUUAUUAUAUUAUUUAGGAUUGGGUUUCAAUUUUUUUACUACUACUGUGACUAAUUGCUAUUGUUGCUGUUCUUGUUGUUGUUAUGGUUGCUGGCCGCUGCUACUCUCCUUGUAGUGUGGUGUAGCGUAAUGUGCCCUGCUAGAGGGCUGGGCUACUACUGUAUCAGCAGAUCAAAGGUGUUGUCAGCUGGUUUCAUGUGUUUAUCUUUUGGGUAACAGUAGCGGGUCCAGGAAAAGAUUCUAUGGCUUGUGAGAAUUACUUGUUACCAUUUCUCCGCUUUGUUUUUUUUUUUUUUUUUGGACUGUUGGAUGACGUGUCUGCUUGGCCGACAGAGAGACAGAUGGGAGGGGUCACGGGCAUAGAAUUGAUGCUCGAAGUGACUGCAUCUUAUGGGUUCGAGUGUAGGCGUAGGACGAGGAAAAAGAUUGUGAUAGCUGCGCUAUGGGCCCAGGCUAUCGCUUAGAGGGCGGUGGCCCGUCCCAAGCCAGAGCGGCAAAGGAGGGGUGGUCUUCUUCCCCUCUUUGCGCUAGCAGGCCGUGCCUGCCUUCCAUGGCUUCCUUCCGCCGUUUUCUCCUCUCUAGCUCGCCACCUUCGCUCUCCUGCGAACGCACGCCAUGUUGAGACCUCCCCCUAUUCCACCAUCUCGCGCACCUUCUUCCCCUCUCGUGCGAAAAUUUAGAUACCCCUGAUGUUAAGAUUAGUCAUUAGUCAUAAUAGUGGAUGCAAACUAUUAUCAUCAUCAAGUUGUGGAGUACAAAGUAAUCUGAGUCCUAGAAUCUUCUAAUAAAAUUUGUGAAGCUCGUAAU